GACAACCUUUCUGUUUCUGUUCUGUCCGACACAUUGGAAAUGACCGACGAUCGCAUUCGAGUAGCCAUAGUAGGCACAGGGAUGUCUCUAUCCCAUCUGCACUACCCAAUCCUUCAAGCUCUACCUGAUAAGUUUGUUCUACAUUCCGUUGUCGAGCGAUCAGGCAAGCAGACAUGCAGAAGGACAGUCGGAACCGACGUCAAGGUCGUCAAGACUCUCGAUGAAGUCUUGGACGAUUCUGCCGUCGAGCUCAUCGCGAUUUGUUCGCCAAAUAAGACGCACUAUGAGUACUGUCAGAGAUCGCUCAUGAAAGGGAAGCAUGUGAUAUGCGAGAAGCCGCUCGUUCCGACUGCAAAGGAAGCUGAAGAGCUCUUCGCGUUAGCCAAGAAGCAGAAGCGAAUCUUGACGGUGUUUCAAAAUCGACGAUGGGAUGCCGAUUUCUUGACGUUGAAAGAGCUGAUCAGUAGUGGAAAGCUCGGCCCAUUGACAGAGCUGGUGUCUCACUAUGACCGAUUCCGACCUCUGUCCGUUAUCAACCCUUCAAGCUGGAAGGAGACACCGGGAGAAUACAACGAUAACCUAUACAAUCUCGGCUCUCACAUCAUUGAUCAAGUCAUCGAUCUACUCGGUGAACCGAUGAACGUGACGGCCCGAAGCUGGUCCAUGCGAGGUACUCAAGGCCUAGACGAUUCAUUCUCCAUGAUGCUCGAGUAUCCACCUCAAAGCAACUCAUAUGCUCCUCUUUUCGUGCACCUUCACGCUCGUAUGCUCUCACCGAUGGACCCCCAAGUCCGUUUCGUCGUCAAGGGACUCAAAGGCUCCUACACCAAACAUGGACUGGAUUCGGAAGCUUCAGAUCCAGACAUGUACGGCAGCCUCCAGCUCGUCAAAGAGAACGCAGGCGAUAGAGCUCAGGACGGAGCGUCGGCCGAACUGUUACCUCUGGAAAAAUAUCCCACGGGUCAGGGCGAGUAUCCCGCAAUCUACGCCAACUUGUACGACGCCAUAAAGUCUGGCGACGAGUCGAAGCUAGCCAUCAGUCCGGACCAAGCGGUGCUAUUAUUACGCAUAAUUGAGGCAGGUUUCAAGUCAUCUAGAGAGCGGGUCACCGUAACGCUGUGAGCGACGGUAUGAGUAGAUGGUAAUGUGAUGUAUGCAAGAUACUGUAGAGC